AAGCUUUACAAUUGCUCAAAUUUACAUUGAGGUUAUGGCUUGGAUUGAGUUUGCCCCUUUGCGUAUACCACUUCACCGACGAAUUGAGACCGCUGCAGUGGCCGUCUUUUAUUAUUCUUUUUAUUUUGGUGCUUUUGCUGGUACAUGUAUAAUAAUUGGCCUGUUUUUCACUUCAUAUUAUCCACUUGCAUUGCUAUAUUUAUCUUGGGCAUACAUCUUUGAUUAUGGCACACCAAGUCAUGGUGGACGGCGUGUUGAGUUUCGUCGAUUAAGAUUGUGGAAAUAUUUCCGAGACUAUUUUCCAAUCACUCUUAUCAAGACUGCAGAACUUGAUCCAGAGAAGAACUACAUAUUUGGUUAUCACCCACAUGGAAUUCUUUGCGCAGGUGCAUUUUGCAAUUUUGCGACAGACGCAACGAACUUCUCGACGGUCUUUCCUGGUAUUAUUCCUCAUCUUUUGCCACUAAUGGCUCUUUUUAGACCGCCAUUGUUUCGUGAUUACAUCAUGCUAUCUGGAAUGUGUGAUGUCACCCGUGAAAGUUGUGAAUACAUUUUGACAAAAAAAGGCGCUGGUAAUUCUGUUGUGAUUGCAGUUGGUGGUUCAGCUGAAGCGUUGGACGCACAUCCGGGUACUUACACUCUCACUCUGAAGAAUCGAAAAGGAUUUAUAAAACUUGCGCUUAAAACAGGAUCAUCUCUUGUUCCAGUGUUUUCAUUUGGUGAAAAUGAUAUUUUCAAACAAGUCAGUAAUCCCCGAGGUUCUCGUUUGCGAGAAAUACAAACAAAAAUUCAAAAGACUAUUGCUUUUGCCCCAGUGUUUUUUUAUGGUCGCGGUAUAUUUCAGUAUAGUUUUGGUCUUUUACCUCACAGGAAGCCAAUACACACCAUUGUUGGACACGCGAUACAAGUGGAAAAAAGAACGUCUCCUAGCGAUGAAGAGGUUGAUUUAUUACAUGCAAAAUAUACCGAUGCUUUGGAGAAGCUUUUUGAAGAAAACAAACAGAAGUAUGGUGUGCCAUUAGAGACAAGAUUGGAAUUUGUUUAAAACCAACUAAACUUUUACAAUACACCCACAUUUAACUAUAUAUAGCAUGUUUUCUAAACAAUGAUUAACGAUUAUUCCUAAAUAUUCUCAAACGUUGUAUAUACAGUCAAAUGGUGAAUACAUAUUAUAAAAAAAUAGAAAACUAA